GCAUUGGAUUUUCCGAGAGAAUCGCACGCGCAUUCACUAUCCCACCCCGCGAGGACGUGUAGGCGCGUAGAGUGCGUCCCUUCAGUUACAUGCUAUCCCGACGCCGGGAUGCAUACCCACGUCGCGCUGGGCAUCCACAGGGAAUGACGGAAGUGUGUUACUAGGCCGAGUGGCACGUGAUAUACUACUCUCUCUCUCUCUCUCUCUCUCUCUCUCUUCUCUCGGUGUGGCGCUAUCCUUCGACGACGUCAUGCCCGGCGUCGACGUUCUUCGGCGGCUGCGUCUAACACGCGAUGAUGAUAUCGCGCGAUAAUUACCCCUUCUGUUAUCGCGAGGAAUGAGCUUUAGCGUGAGAGAAGAGCGUGUAUAAUCUUGCGUGAGAAGACGAGAUUGUUUUUUUAUCCUAGUUUCUCUUACGCUUGCUUCGACGUUCCCUAAUCCCGUUCCGGGAUUGAUCCAUUCUGGGGGCUGAUGGGGUGUCGUAUAUUUUAUACCGAGGGUGUGUAAAACAUAGGCGUACAGCCGUUGAAGUUGGAAGAAUCCGUUCUGCAAGAUAUUUUAGUGGCAGCUUAAAGCGAUCAUGAAUAAACGGCGGUCUUUAGAUGGAGGAACGCAGGAGUACCCUUUACCUAUCCCGGUUCAGAUGUUCCUUUGGCGUUCUAUAAGGCCAUUUAUUCGAGCUAAGUUAGGAAAACUUCACGAAGCAUCUUGCACGUUCUGUCAACAUGCGCCAGGCCAUCAUGAAAUGAAAGAAGCAUGCACGUGCCUCGAAAGAGUUUUAGUGCAGGAUCUUCACAAUGAUCUGACGCCUUCGUUGAGCGAGAUAUUGAGGAGUGUUCCACGAUGGCGUUUAAUUCAAGCCGCUCUUCCUUACGUUCUUCAUGCUACGGCCAGUCUUUUGCAUAAUAGGAAGGAUUUUCAGACACUUGGCACAAUGGAAACAACUCUUCUUUACAUUCUUCAUUGGAUACUCUUGGAUUCAGCUGAAGAAUGCGCCGAGAAUGAAGCCGAUCAAUCAAAUCCUUUUUACUUGUUUCCAAUACCUACCAUGACUCUCUUCAUCUAUCUGUUUGCACCUCUGUGCAAUCAUUUAAAGGACAUCGACUUCAAGACGAAUUUACGAUUAGAAAACGGCCUAAAAAUAUGGUCCGCCAUGUACGAAUGCCGACAUCCGGAUGCAUCUUGCUUUACAUCACAUUGCCGUGCCAAACCACGUCUUUAUUGGAGCCAAUCUUUUAAAUCUGCCAAGCAUCACAUGUUGUCGGAUGACGUUUUUGUUGGAGGAAAUGUCGAAAGUCCACCUAGUCAAUCGGUUUCGGAUCAAAGUGCUCCAUUGCCUUCAAAGACAAUCGAUGAAGAUCAACAGAGUACUUGGUUGUCGUCACCGAAAGACACGGUCUUUCCGGAAACGAUUCCCGAGGAAAGUUCUGGCGCGGAAGAUGAGCACGUGGUAAUAUUCAGAUUACCAUCUUUGAGUGAGUCGGAGAGAAUGCUUGACGGGGUAAAAGAAGUUUCUACCAUAUUCGCAGGCGAGGCCAGCAUCUUCCAUGUCGCGAUGGGCAGGACAACCAGUUCCUCGAGAUCGCUCACGAUAGAACAGGUCACGGCAAUUUCCGGAUUGGAGACGUGCAAGCAGUAUCAUGAAAAAGCUACGAAAACCGGAGCUGUGGACAAAGAGAGAGAAGAGAAAAUUUUUAAGACAGAGAAAGAGACACAACAAGAAUCUUCGAAGUCACGCGGAAGUUUCUCGACACAACGUCAACCCGUUGAUGCAACGAUCACUGAACACACCACCGGCUCUACAACCAUCGAUUCGGACGUUCGCGCGGCAACUUUUCUGGACGUGGCUACUUUGAGAUGUCUGUUCGUUUCCCAAUGGCAGGAGGAAGGCGUUUACUGGGCUCUUCAAUUUUUAUAUUAUCGACUACGAAGAAUCAACGAAGAAACUUCAGUGCAACAGAUUCCACGUCGCCGCAGCAACUCUUUGCCUAUACCGAAAAUUGAAGUCUCGAUUUAUCAAAGCCCUGAAAGUAAAAAGAAGGAUGUAUUGAAGGAUUUUAUAGAGAUACCGGAUACACGCGAUACCUCUCUGGUGACAACUCCCGAAGGCGACUCGAGACAUACAAGACGCGCCAGCGAGAAAACGAAGAAACGCAUGAAAAUGGCCGAUCUCAAGGCUUUCGUAGAAACAAAACUGCUCUCGAAAUCGGAAAAGGCACUUGAGAAGAUUGGUCAAGAAGAAACUAAGAUGUUGUUUGAGCAGGAACAUCAUACAAGUCUCGAUACUGGAGAUGAUCAUCUGACGAGACCAACAUCGACCGGUUCAAAGAUUUUUGAGGCAAAGGAUGUCGAUUACAUAAAGCAUCCCACAAAUCUAAUUAAAGGAAAGAGUAUGCCGAGCUUAAGCUGCUUGAUUAACGAGCUGACCGCGGGAGGGUACAUCGGUGAUACUCGCAUCGAGAGAAAACAGAGUCGGUUUUAUAGUCAAUCCUACACCGCACCGAAUCCUAUCAUCACCGUCACGGAACACACGCCAACUCCAUCCCCUGAUUACAUGAAACGUCAGGGAUCCAUCGACAGUCAAUUAGAUGUCAUCAGUGUCCAAGGUCCUCGUUUGUGUUCCGAGAGGAAACCCAGUCUCACAAGAUCACAGACGGAUUCUAACAUUACUUACAUGAGCGAUGAAGUGCCGGAAGCUCCCGGCUCUGCGUGUUACAUCACUAAAGAGGGUGACGUUGAUCUUCAAGUUGUUUUGAAGGCAAUACAUUUCGUUGCUCUGCGAGAUAAUACUUCCUGCACAUCGCGAGUCUGCGAGAUUAUGUUGAACUUAAUGGAACUUUUAAUGGACAUGGGAGUGAUGAAGCAUUGUCUAAGAGAAGAAGCCGCCGGUAGUAAUGCAGGAUCUGGUACCGGAAUGGAUAACAAGUCGGAAACAGAAAAACAGGAUUCGCCAACAGAGUUACAUCAGGAACAUAGGCAGGAUUCAAGCAGCAAGGGCAAGCCGACUGCUCAUAAUCUCCUUAUGAACUGCGUGAUCAGGGUGUUGAAACAUCUGGGCUGUCCACAUGGUUGCGUAGAGGGGGUUCGUGGACCUCAGGCCGAUAUCUGUCGCUCCCAGGGUCAGACCAUCCUGACAAAAUUGCAUCGCGCGAGUUCUCGUCAAUUUUCGCGAUUCUUACGAACGAUGAUACGAGAACAACCGCUGACAGAAAUUCUAGAUUUCUUUCACGCGUACGUCGGAUACUGUGUAGAUCCGAGUUCGUUGUUAUCGCCGCUUAAUCAGAAGCGGAUAUCGGGUAAAUCGCCUGACGUGGCCACCCAAAGUGGAUACGCGACGAAUUUCGGCGCUGGUAUGAUCGGUUCUGGGACCGGAGGAAGCGGAACUUCGGGCGGAAGUGGCGGAAACGUCGCGACGGCAAGCGGUGUCGCGAUGUUGUACAACGCCGGCGGUUACGGGGCGCGAGGUAUCGAAGGACAGAUCAUGGCUUGCGUUUUCAAAGCUUUGGUUACGCGCCUUGUCGGUUCCAUAAAGCAGCUAAAAACGCAAGAGAAUAUCAGUCUUUAUUGCGACGUACGACAAUUGAUGACGUAUGUCAAGGAGGCGCACGGUGGUAUUUUCCGAAGGGUUGCACUAAGUGGUAUCCUGGACUCUGCCGAUCGACCGAAUAAACGAUGUAAUAGCAACGUGCAGACAACACGUGUUAUAAGACACAUCCAUCAAUCGGAUUUAGAGGAACACGCGGAUAUCGGAGGAGACACGUGUUACACGGUUGAUGAUAGAGGCACGCGAAAGUUUCUCUUCAAGAAAAAAAGUACAUCGUCCACUUGCGCUGCGGGAUCGAAUUUGCAGAGUCUCCUCGAGACGGAAUUAAGCGAGGAGAACGUGAAGAUCAGUCAAAGUCCAUUAGGUAAUCUGCGCAAGAAGCAUCACAUGUUGACACCCAGGCAGAGCGAACGUAAUUUAGGUGUCGGGGAGCCUUCCCUGGGGUCGCGGAAGUCGACGCGGUUUCAAAUUGGCGGUAUCGUUAAUUGGUUCCGGAAGGAGUACAGUCGGACCGAUUCUACCGAUAGCCAUGAAAGUAGCGAGUCGCCCACAGACGGUAGCUUUGUUAGGCAACCCAGCUUCCAUUACGGCCAUCAUCGCAGCGCAUCGCGAAGUCGCGGGGUCGGAGUAACCCUGCAAAAGGCGAAACGUCGGAUGGAGGAUCAAUUAAAUAAAAUCGGUUUCGGGAAGAGCAAGAAAAAAGAAAGCAUGGAAGAGACUCCGGGAAACUACUUUAGCCGAAGAAAUUCCAUGGAGCUCGGAGAAGCCUGUAGAGAAUCCGAGUUUGUUGUACUAAAGGAGAGGAGAUUAGUACCACGUAUCGCGGUAUUUGAAGGAAUGUUACGAUUCUCCUUUCUCCUAGAAACUUGUCAACCAGGCUCUGUCCCCGAUCCACACUUGAUGGCGUCGCUUCUGGACCUUCCAUAUGCGCCAGUGGUAUCUCGCGCUUGCUUGAUACUGGAAUGCGCGCAUUUGGUGCAUCAAUGCAAUAAGGGCCACUGGCCAACGUGGAUGAAGCAUAAUUUUCCCAUGUUCCGAUCGUCUGUGCCGAUAAAUAGUCGAAAUGCCUCCACCGCACUUAGACGCGUUCAUAUAUUACAGCGCACUGCGGGAAAAUUAUUUUAUCAAUGGGCAGAGGCUAUAGGAGCUCGUUUGGAAGAAUUCUUAGUUGAAGAUAAGCAAAAUAUGGAGCAAGUAACCAACAUAGUAUCUGAUGAGAGCAAACAAAGGGAUUUAAUUCUGGAAGAUGAAGAGGAAGAUUUUCUUGAUGAUGCUAGUAUAAAUAAUUAUGGAUCCCAAUGUCCCUUCGCAUUGCGUCUCGUUGCUUGUGUUUUGCUACUGGAAGUGACGGCGUUUCUGAGAGAGACUUAUCAAACUUUGCCAAAAUCGAGUAAACUUUUAACAAAAGAACGUCCUCCGCCAUGGGAAAGAAUGUACAGUCGAGAAGCGAAUCGACGUUGGAGUGUGGCUUUGUCGUCAAUGGGUCAUUCACAGGCAUCUGCACAAAGUCUUCAAUCUAUAACUUGUGAUCGUGAAGUCAUCGCGGAACGCAAAAUCAGUUUUGUUCUCUAUGAGCCUGACAAUGAGUCUGAGGGGAGUAGCAAAUCGACUGUUACUAUUCAAGGCGAAGAAGUGCAGAAUAUUGAGAAGGAGAAAGCAAAAAGAAUACCUCAGGCACCUCAAACUAGACCAUUCCUUCUUCGUCGCAGCACUGCCGGAGCUGCAACUGGCUCGUUCAAAAAGAGAAGCCUUAAACUUCGUCGCAAUACUAAAGAAGGCAAGGAUACAGAAUGCGAGGCGUAUACAGUAAAACGCACAGAUUCGAUUCAAUCCAAGAGAAAAGUAAGCUCGCUUUCUGACAGAAGUGACACGUCCGAACCCGGUGUCGGUGGCGAAGUCAGUGGCGACGAAUCGCCAGGCAUACUUAGCGAUGAUCAGCCACCGGAAAGUCCAAGUGACAGCAACGAGACCGACGAGACCAAUAAAAAUUUCCCGUGGAUGAAGGUGCUUGUGCAGUUUUCCAAUUCCUUCAAUUUCUAUUGCUCCCAUCAGAAUUUCUGCCAUCCUUUCUGUCAUCGACGACAAAUGCGCGCUAGCAGCAGGUUGAUAAAGUCAGUGAGGAAGAUCUAUGGAGAGGAAUUUGGAAUACUAAACGGUACAGGUUUAUUAGACAUUGAUACCGAUAAGAAGGAUGAUGGCAGGAAGAAACGCAGUCGUAAAGUGUCUGAUCAGACUAGCACACAAGUGUCGCCCAUUCGAAGGAAAGACAGCGUGGGACGCAAGUACAAAGUAGAAAAAAAUCUGGAUGGUUCUCAAUCUGGUCGAUUAACUCAAAGGGAUUCCUCCAAGGAUCUCGCAGAACAAGAUUCUGAAAGAGGCAAAGAAACCCUGAGGAGAACCAUAUCGAAGCAUGAUAUUGAAGAAGAUAAAGAGCCACCGAUAAUCUUGAAAUAUAUAAAAACUCAAGUGAAGGAUGCUUUUCACGCACCUUUGGCUACUUUAAUUAAAGGCGCAGUCGUUAUGACGGAAGAUUUGUUCGUGGAAGUGCUGCCUGUUGCGUGGGAGCUCCUAUUAGAAUCUAAUCAAGAAGUCGCCGCAUCGGCUGCAGCGCUUUUUAUAGUAUCGGCCGUGCGAGCGCCAAUUCAGGCCAGUGAUCUAAUGCACAAAGGUCUUCAGCACAACAGUACCAGUGUGCGCAUCAACGCCAUUUUGCGAUUUCAAGUUCUGUGGAAAUUACGAUACCAGGUGUGGCCGCGGAUGGAAGAGGCAGCUCAUUUAACUUUUAAAGUUCCUCCGCCAGGAAUAGAAUUUACUCUGCCGUCGCCGAAGAUCGGAAUAGAAUCCUUACCGGUGGUCGAUCCGCCCUGGAUGCCCCAGGUGAAAACCAAGGUGGAGGAAGUCACUAUCAAUCAAGAACAUCAUAGAUCUUUAGUAACCGCAACGAAAACACGAAAGAAACAGCAGACAGAACUAAUAACGAAGGCUCUUCAGGCGCAAGACGACAAGAAGAGGGAAGAAAGAGAAAAUUUUCUUAUUACGACAAUACCGAUUACCGUUCAAGCUGCUUACGAGCCCAGUCCAGUUGGAGAUGAUCAUGAUGAAGGUAAUGUAGGAGAUGAAGACGCAGCUGAGACUGUUCCAAGGAAUACUCAAUUGCAUCACGGUCAAUCAGCCCUCUCAUUAUUUCCUUCGUCAUUGUGUUCAGCGAUCGUCCAAAUCAUCAAUCUUCUGGACGAUCCAGCAGUUUCCGAUGAUGGAAACGCAGUGUACGAAGUGGCAUAUCAGGUAAUCUGGAGUUGCUUAGUGGAAGAUAGCGCUUUGUUCCUUCGAUAUGUAUUGGAGCGUCUCACGAGGGAGAAGCAAGAGUUGAUGUUCAAGAUUUUGAGACAUCUUAUCAGAUUCGUGCCCAAAUUGCCGCAACAGGCUGCAUUUGCGCUAUACAAUUAUAUCAUUGGAUAUGUCAUGUUCUACGUUCGUACUCCGCAUGAGGAGGGCCAAAAGUUGAUUGGAACUGCGUUGUCAAUUCUGUGGAUGGUGGUGCACAGUGUACACGGCAUUAUGUUUAAAGAUCUAAAGCAGAUUCUGAGGAAGGAACAAUGCGAUGCGUCAAUUCUGCUUACAGCGAAUGUCCCAUCUGCAAAAAAGAUUAUCGUUCACGGCCCACAGGAUCCCGAUGCCGGCGAAAUUCCCUCGCAGUUUCCAGUCCAAGAAGACACGCAAUUUUGCCAGAUACUUCGAGAGUCCUUGGACUUUUUCGGUAUCGAAGAAUCAAAGCAUCACGAAUAUUUUCUCGUAGAUUAUAAAACACAUCAAAUACACAAUCCAUCGUCGUACGUUAGAGACUAUUAUUUCUUCAAAAGAUCUCAAUUCCCGCAAAUCGAACUCGUUCACAUGAAGCCGGAGGAUGCGUUCAAUGCGUUGCAGCGGCAAGAAUUGAUGCACAAAUUUGUAGAAAUAGGGAAAGUGCUAUUAACCUGGGCAAUCCUGAAGAAUGUUGAUAUGGUAGUGCAAAGGGUUGUGUUUCUUCACGAAGAGCUCAUGAAGCUACCAUCAUUUCCACGAAAAGCACUGGAAGCAGAUUUGGAUUUGUACAAAGGUGGCGAAAUUGGAAGAGAGCUCCUUGGGCUGGACGUGAUGCAUAAGUUUAUGUGGGUCAGACUGAUUGCACGCAUGUUUGAAGCCAUGGCAGGCAACUUCGCAUAUUCCGGUGAUAUACAUCUCUUUCUGAACGUUCUGAAUGGCGCCGUAAUUCUACACAGCGAGGAUUCCUGCAUUCUACGUUAUGUCGUAGCGACCUACAUAAACGCGGCGCACAAUUUCAAAAAUAUCUUCUCGACGAAUGGGUAUUUGUUAAUCAUGCCGACUUUGCUACAAUUAUACUCAACGCAUCAAACAAACAAACUCGUAACGACUACUGUUGAAUACGCCGUCAAACAGUUUUAUCUCAUGAAUCGUAAGCCGUUCAUUCUACAGAUGUUUGGCAGCGUUUCCACCAUAUUAGACACGGAUAUGAUCAGCGUUCACGGCGAGGCUCACAAGGUUCCCUCUACGUGCUUGUUUAAUUUAUUACUGAGUUUGGAAACUCCAUCGCCGGAUCCACUCAAUAUAGGAGAAUUAGUGAAAGAAGAGAAGCCUUUGAAAGCGAUAGACUUUUGUUAUCAUGACGAAAAUGAAAUGGUCGACGUGCUCGAUUGUAUAUCUCUCUGUGUAAUGGUGAUAGCUUAUGCACCUGACUCGAUCAGAGGCCAACAGAUGCUCACAAUAUUGGAAGCAAUACUACCAUGCUAUGUUCAACAAAUCCAAUUACCCACGUACAAUAAAGAAGGCAAAACAGAAAAGGAAAUAAUAAAUCAAUUAGCGAUUGCAGUAAGGACAUUAGUGAACAAUUCCGAAGCAUUGACAAAAUAUUACAACGGUCCACAAAAGUCGAGUCCUGAACAUAAAGGGUCUAGCCAAAGAAACUACGGUAAAGGUCCGUAUUCACCUGGUUUCGAUUUCGAAGAGGAUACUCAUACGAAAUAUAUGGAACAUUCGAAAGCUCGGCAUUUUUAUGAUCGAGAUGAAGAUUUCCAUAAGAACGAGUUUAGAAGGCCGCGCGAUACUUUAUUAAAUAUGGUUGGGGAUUUUGUGGCUCGUUGUUCUGUUCGUUUGGUAGAGCUUAAUAAAAAAUCUCAGGAUGGAAAAACCAUUGAGUUGUUGGAUUCCAAAUGUCAUGUGCGUUUAGCCGAUAUCGCUCAUAGCCUUCUAAAAAUCUCUCCGUACGAUCCGAUUACUAUGGCUUGCCGUGGUCUCAAACGAUACAUGAACGAUAUUCUUCCUUCCACCGAGUGGACGGCUGACGAAAUGAGACCAGCAUUAACACUCAUUCUCAGAAGAUUGGAUAAAACUUUCAGUAAAAUACAUAAGAAACCAUCGAUUAGAAGAAAUACUGAUUGGGUUGCUGCUAGCAAUCUUUUGAAAGGAGUUUACGAAACUCUUUUAAGAUGUCCGUAUAUCGCGCACUUUCAGUAUUUGAAGACUCUGUUAACUACUUGUCAGGCUUUAAUUGUUGGAGACAAUUUGUCCGAAGACUUGACUUCAGCUUCCACAGCUGCUUUAUUGAGCAAACUACCUGCUCCACUUCCGCCCCCGCAUUUCUGCUCGUCGGUAUUACGUCUAAUUGCUCUACAUGUAAUAUCAUUCGGCGAAGGAUAUUCUUUGGAAAACGUUCUCGGUGGUCAGAAUAUGUUUGCUACUCAAACUCGCACAGAGAAUGCGUUAUUAAAUUUGUUGAUACCAUUAUUUCUACGCGUUGGAACCGGGAGGAAAGACGUACCGAAACUGAAACAAUCAGACAUUUCUUUUGCUCUAACGACCGUAUUGAAUGCACUUUGGCCACCGGGUUCAAAACCGAUACCACUGACGAUGCAAAGACCACCGACGGAUACGAGAACUGGUAGUAUAACGUUCACUGCGAGAGAUCCGAAGGCUUUAACAAAAACAUCAUUAACAUUAUAUCAAGUCGCGUUCCUAGCACUUAAAAUAAUGACAAUAUGUUUCGAAACUGAACUGAGAACGGAAUGGCGGGUAAUUCUACGCGCGAUGCGUCUCCUGAACAAGCGUAACGAAGCUUCCACAUAUCUAUGGAAUUUUAUAGAAUUUAUCGUGACACAUCGGACGGCUUUGUACAUUCAAAUGCUUCCGUUCAUUGUUUAUAAGAUUGGACAAGCUCCAAUAUCUGAGCACGAAAGGAACAUGCAUACCAUCAUACGCGAGAAGAUCAACGGAAACAGUACUACCGUGCCAAAAUCGAGGGGCACGUUGCUGAUGGAUCUCAUUCACGAGUUAAAGAAUCUAAAGGAGGAAAUUGAAAAUCGAAGAUGCGAUGAGAUGCAACCGGAACCUAAGAGAAGCGUAGUCGAUAUGCAUCCAGUGACCGAAGGCCAACUGCGUACCCAAAGACCGUCUCUACUGAUGGACCUUCUGACCGGUGAUCUAGGAUCGAGAUCUCACAUGAAUCGUACACCGGCUGAGACACCAGUAUCUCAUUCCACAGCAGCUCAAUCUCAUUCGACUCAAUCCAAUACUAGUAGCACUGUUAAAACGCAACCCACUCAAGUAACAGCACCACCGAAUGGCACUCGCAUUGGUGGAUCCGUGUCGAGCACCAGCGCGGGAUCUGCCACUUUGCGUGAAGCCAGCGACACCAUUGCCGGAGAGAUCGGUGCCGAGCAGCCGCCGUCGACGACAGAUAGAUUCCAAUCAUCUUCUACUAGCGAUGAACGUAACCAUGUUAAGCUUCAUUCUAUCUUACCUCACCAAAAGGCGCCAAAGCUGCGCUUUGUCUCUUCUGUAGAGUUUAGAAACUCAUCAGGAGAGACGGUGACGGGCCAGCUAAGUCCAAGCAGUCCGACCGAGGACAGUUCCGGAGAAUUACGUAUCGACAGGCCUCGCUUACAACGUUCUAUGGGUCAAAGCAAGAAGACUUUCCGCUUAAGAAAAAGUCGAAAGAGUCAUAUUGAGACGACACAGAAAUUGGAACAGGCGGACGCGACUAUCGCGGAACAGUCAACGAGUCAACCGAAGACGACAAUGCAGGCCGCAUCGGCAAUGGACCUGCCAUCGUCUAACAUCCCGUCUAACUCCUCGUCCAUUCGUUCCAGACGAAGUCAAUCUGUUCGCAGAUCAGACGGAGACAAAAACUCCAAUGUGCUCGCAGACCAACAACAAUUUCACGGAGCGGCGCAUCAGCAUCAUCACUGUCACUAUUUUCAUCAUCACGUACAUCCUCAGAUGUCAGAUGUAUCUUGGGACGAAGACACAUCCAGCACUUCCGGAUAUCGCGAGUCGUACAGUAUGCAGAUUGUGUCACUGGAUGGUACCAAUGCUCGUUCAGGUCAGGCGCCGCCUUUGGCGUCGCCGGAUCUAAAUGACAUGCCAUCCACAAGCAGUACAACCACCAAUUACAUAGCCUUCGAUGGCAGUUCUCCGGAUUGCUCGUUUAAUGGAAGUGGAGGCGAGAAGACCACUCUAUUAAGCCAGAGAACGACUUCUCAGCAUUCCUUACUGAUUUUCCCAAAUCAGGAUGAAGAUACGUUGAUAUAAAUAUUAUAAAAUCCACUGACACUUGAUUGAGACUGAUAAUUCAAUAGAACCAACAUGAGGAACAAGAAUUUUAAAAUAACCAGUAAUUCAAGUUGAUGUUUAAAUGUCGGGGUUAAUAUGUGAAGGAUUAUGAGAUAAUCGAUGGCACUAUGAGGUCAUCAUGAGUCAUUGAAUUUAUUUGUUAAAUUUUAAAUCCUCUGCGACCUAUAGGAUGUGCAUGUCUUAUUAUGUAAUUUGGCAUCAAAAAUGUUUUUAAUACAAUUUACAUUGCUCUAUUACAAAUUGUAACCGUUAAGCAUAUUUGUCCCGAUAAUUAAACUUUGUGGAACAUAUAAGUUUUAUUAAUUUUUAGAAUAUUUGCGAGGUAGCUGCGGUAUAGUAUAUUUUGAAUAGAUAAUCUUUUAAUAAAAUCGUUAAACAGGCAAAGAGAUCAAAUGAAAAAUAAAAAUUCGUAAAAUUCAGCUCGUUUGAUCGUGUGCAUUUCGAUGCUUUUAAAGAGUUAGAGACUAGACGUUGUAGUGGGCCUAAUUGUUUAUAUGCUGCAAUUGUAUACAGGCAUAUUUGAAAUAAAAUAAUAUAUGAAUACA